AUGAACCUUUUAAAAUUUGACCUAUUUUCUUCAGAGUUUUAGUUUAAUGCAGGCUAUAAUAUGUCAAGGAAAGGAAGCUACUAAGGAUUAGUUUUAACUUUUAUCAGUCUUUUAAUAAUAUUUUCAUAUUUUGUCUAUUUGCUUUAUCUAUAUUUUAAUAAUUUAAUUGAUACAAAAUACAGAUCUUAAAACUUCAUUACUUAAGAUAGGCUAGACGUGCCUUUGUAGUAAAAUCUUAUUUCUUUUUCUUUUUAGUACACAUAAGAUCUGACAGUUGAUCAGUAUUCAGCUGUUAUGAAUAAAACUUAUUUAGUUUAUGUAGCGCAUUUCUAUUACCAAAAAAAUAACAUAACUACAAUUAUAGAUCUUGAUAUAGUUAAGUGCAAAGAUCCUGAGUUGUAAGGAUUUAAUUGCAUAGACUUUUCCAAGAUAAGCAACAACUACACUCUUUAUUUUGACCCAAAAUCAACACAAACAUCCAUGAUAAUACUAUUCUUUUAUGGCUGCUUAGAUGUAGAUAGAAUCAAAAAAAUUGUUCCAGAGAACUGUGCUACUUAAGAAGAAAUAGAUAAUUUAGUUGAUAAUAAUCUUACAACGUUAAAUAUAAAAUUAUAAACUCAAUAAUUUAAUACUACUUCAAAAUAAAUUCAGACAAAUUACAGAAACCUGUAAAAUUACAUUCAAUCAGAUUCAUCUCAGUAGGUACUUUUGAAAAUGUAAACUUAAAAGACAAAGGUAAAUUAGGGGUUUUUAUAUCAGUCGCAGUAAACCUUUUCUUCCCCUAUCUCAUUUAUGUAAAAUACUCAAAAUUUCGAUAAAUAGAAAUCCCUUAAAGCUGGAGUAGGACCUUAUGAUAACAUUCUUCUACAAAUUGAUGAAAUUAUUUUAGAUGUUGAAAUUACUUAUCCUACCAUCACUGAAAUUUUAGCCCUUGUUAAUAGUUUUGCUACAAUUUUUCUUUUGCUUAAGGUAUUAGGUAGAUUUUUUUCUUAAAAAUUAAUAAAACAAGACAUAUUUUUGCUGCUUUUAUAAAAUUUAUUCCAAGACAAAUACGAAGAAGUUAUAAUAAAAAAUAAAUUAAUUGAUAAAACAGAUGUAGAUUAGUUAUUUAAAGAUAGAUAAAUUAAUUCUUUAUAGAAGUAAAGUCAAAACACUGUAACUGUAUUAAAGCAAGAUAAUAUUUAAGACUAAAUAAAAAAUUAAGAUCAUAUUGAAUUAAAUUAAAAUAAUUAAGAUUUUUUAGAUAUUUUUGCUUCUGGUAAAUGUAGAAGAAAUUCACGAGAUUAAUUAUCUUAUAAUAAGAAUAAAUAAGGUUUAAUAUGCUAGUAAAUUGAUUUAUAAGCUGAUAAAUAAACUGAUAUAUAAGAUAAAAAAGAUAUUUUAGAUCAAAGGAACUAAAACUAUACAGAAGAAGAUUAUGUAGAUAACUUCAUACCAAAAUUUUCAACAAAAUCAAUAGACUAUGUCAAAAAAAGCUAAAAAAUGAGCUUGAAAUCACCUAUUUUAAAUCUUCAAUAAUAAUAAAACAAUUUUAAAGAUUAAAUUAUUAAUUAAAGUCUUCUCUCCAAAUCAAGUGAAAUAUCAUAUAACUUCGCUACCAAUAAAAGAAUAUUAAACAAACAUUAUUCAAAUAACUGUGAAACUUUUUCUAUAUUAGAUUAAAUGAUUUUUUCUCCAAAAUUAACGAGCGAAACUAAUAAAUUUUUAUUAUCUCCAAAAAAAAAUGCUUGUAAAAUUGAAUCACUUUACGAAUAAUCUCAUUAAAAAAAACAAAGCAUUUAAAAGAAUCCAAACUAUUCAUAAAAUCAUUCCAUACAAAAUAUGAUCGCUCUUAACUAGAUAGAAGAAUAGCCCAUUUAAAAAUCUAAUUUAGAUUUAUUGGUCAAAUUAUCUUCUUUCAAACAAAAAAUUACAGAAAGUAAAAUAAUCUAACGAGUUUUGGCUAAAUUAUUAUUCAAAACAAAAUUUUGUGGCAAGAAAGUUUACUAUGAAAAAUUAGGAUUUGACAUUAACUCGAUGGAUAAAGUUCGAGAUUAAGUUAAUAAAAAUUUGAAUAUUUACUAGCUUUACAAAGAUAUUAUAUUUCUCAAGAAAGCUAUUAUGAUUAUCUUAACUAAUGAGCAAUUAGCAGUUCUUAAUCAAGUAGGCUGUUCAACAGAAUUUUUAUCUAUGAAUGAUACUUUUAAAGACAAAAACUUCACUGAAAUGAUUUAAAAAAGUAAAUUGAGUCACUUCGAACAACAAUUUGCAAUUUCUGAAAACCGUGAUUUGCAAUAAGAGUUUAUUUAAAAAUUUUAUUAAAAAUGCAAAAAAGAUAAACAUAUAUCUGAGAUGGAUAAAAGAAUACUAUCUUCUAUUAUUAUAAAAGAGAGGUCUAUUUGA